AUGUACUUCACUCGAUUCCUCGUCGCUGCCGGCCUCCUGGCCACCUCAUCUCUCGCCUGCAACCCUGGCCAGUGGGGCUGCGGCAACCAGAACGGUGUCCCGGGCCCUGACGGUGCCGUCUACGUCUGCAACUCUUCUGGCAGCUGGGUCUUCUCCGCCCAAUGCAACGGUGCGAGCUGCUGCACCGUCAGCGCUGACCAGAGCAACGCCGGUUGCAGGUGCUAA